CCAAGAUCCUAUGACGAAGGCGUGACUGACAGACGAAAAUGGCCGACUUCGGAGAUCCCAUUUCGGAUAAGCAAAAGGUGGCCAUUGCCUCAGACUUUAUUUUACAUGCUCCGCCAGGAGAAUUCAAUGAGGUUUUUAAUGAUGUCAGAAUUUUACUUAAUGAUGAUGAUUUAUUAAAAGAAGGGGCAUCAGGGUCAUUUGCCCAGUAUAACAAAGACCAGUUUACUCCCUGUAAGAUCAAAGGGUCAGACGAAUUAGUUUUAGUCACAGAACAUGGAGACUUGGGAGGAAGUAGGUUUCUAGAUCCCCGGACCAAACAGUCUUUCAAAUAUGAUCAUUUACGAAAAGAAGCUACAGAGGAGCAGCCAGCUAAGGUAGAUGCAGGAGCGGAGCCGUGGCGGUCCGCCAUUGAGGCGUCUCUCACUGCCUACCGAGACCAGCACUAUAAACAGGGGGUAGUGACCGUCUACGGAAAAAGCUCAGGGGGGAACACCACCAUCAUCGCAUGCAUUGAAAGCCAUCAAUAUCAGCCCAAAAACUUCUGGAACGGCAGAUUGAGGUCACAGUGGUCCGUAACAUUCCCAGAGUCAGGGGGUGGCAAGGCUGAACUGACGGGGGUCAUCAAAGUACAGGUGCAUUACUACGAGGAUGGAAAUGUCCAGUUGGUCACAUCUAAGGAGGUGAAACAGACCCUGAACAUUUCGAAACAUGAAAAAAAAUCAACCAAAUCUGAGGAACAAACAGCAAAAGAGUUUUCCAAGAUAGUGGUAGAUGCCGAGUCCGAUUACCAGAAAGCCAUCGGAGAAAACUACCUGACCAUGUCGGACACUACGUUUAAGGCGCUACGACGACAACUUCCUGUCACCAGGACAAAAAUAGACUGGAACAAAAUUAUAGGUUAUAAAAUUGGAAGCGAGUUGAAGAAUGCAUGAGGAGUGCGAGGAGCCAAACAUGUUUAUUUCAAGUGGUUAAACAAAUCCAUUGCUGAAGAUUAUUCAUGGACUUCCAUCAUCUAAACCGUAAUACAAGUGACAAGUUGUCUGUACCAUAGUGUUUAUGGAUCAGAUGUAGAAUAUCCAUGAUCGGACCUAUUAUUUCUGUACAUUCUUCUUUCAUGUAUGCCGCAGUUUCUGCAUUAUCAGUGGACUGUUUUUUCUCGGUUCAAUUUCUGUUGUAAAUUUCCAAGUGAGUUAUUAUUUGGCUAGUGUAGAAAUUUUCCGUCUGGGACUACAUUGUCGUUUGGUAGGAUAUGUUGAAUUUUGAUUUAUUUUGGAUGAUUUUUUUUUUUUUUUCACUAAGGCUGAAAAAGUGUUUUAAUGUGCAAUAUUUUUUAAAGGAAUAUUCAACCACUCGUUUACUUUUUUUUUUAUCAUAUAAGAAUUAUGAUUUGACUUUGCAUGUGAAUUUAUGUUACGGGAAAAUGCAUUUUCUGUAUGUAUAUUUACACACAGUUAUUUAGACAUAUAUAAAAUUGUCUGUCCAGCAAAUACUUGUAUACAUUGACAAAGUCAGAAGUAAGACAUGAAUGUCAGAAAUCAUAAUUUAAAAAAAAAGACAUCAGAAAUAUGGAUCAUAAAUACUAGAGGAUAUAAAUGUCAACAGUAUAUGUAACUUUUUGGAAAAUGAUAUCUGAACAGAUAUGUUGUUUAAGAUUAAUAAUAUAGUAUUACAUAGUGUAUUGCAAAAGAAAUCCUACAGAAAUUUUAUUUUAAUAGCUCAGGAAUCAUGUUUUGAUCAGAUAAUUUUUUAAAAUUCCAAAUGAUUAAAAAAAAAUGAACAUUGAAAAACAGAGUGUGUAACAGGAUGCCAUAAUAUGAAGAAAGUCUCAACCAUGAUGAGCUAUUUAUAGCAUGUCUCAUAGUCCUAUACUGAUUGCAGACUGAUGUUAAUUGUUUUAUAUAGUACUGUAUGAUGAUUACUAUUACUACUGUAUGAAUGUAAAAAUCUAACACAACUAUCA